AUGUGCAGGAGGAUGUGUGCAGACGCAUGUGCAGAAGGAGGAUGUGUGCAGACGCAUGUGCAGGAGGAGGAUGUGUGCAGACGCAUGUGCAAGAGGAGGAUGUGUGCGGACGCAUGUGCAAGAGGAGGAUGUGUGCAGACGCAUGUGCAGGAGGAUGUGUGCAGACGCAUGUGCAGGAGGACGAUGUGUGCGGACACAUGUGCAGAAGGACGAUGUGUGCGGACACAUGUGCAGGAGGACGAUGUGUGCGGACGCAUGUGCAGGAGGAUGUGUGCGGACACCUGCGGGGAGAGGAGGAGACACACUCUGCCAGACCAUCUCCUCACAAGCCGAGGUGACUUUGAAGUGUCUCCUUAUGGUAACCCAGCUGCUUACCUCUGGAUCCUGCACCUGCGUAUCCCCACCCUCCUCUAUGCUGGCCUCCGCCAGAACCUGAUGAGUGUGUGGAGAGAUGGUCGGAUAUCUGCUGUCAUUUCUUUCACAACAACUGACAAGAUGAAGAGGUUCCGCAAAAUAUUCAGCGACCAGAAAAGUUCUAUCCACCGGGCCGAAGCCGCCACUCCUGAGGACAUCAGGAGGUUCCGCCAUCAGCUGUCUGCGUAUUCCGAUUCAUCACUGAGGAGGAUACACGAGUAUUACAGAGAUGACCUGACCUACAUCCUGGAGAACUUGGACCCUCAUUCUGUCCUCAUAGAACUCAACUCUCGGAAUGUGUUAAAGACAGAUAAAUACAUCGGCGGAGUGGGAACCACUUCCUUCUCUCACACCUUGUUACAAGAUAUUCAGGAUCGGGGAAGAGAAGCUGUGACUGGACUCUGGGAAUGUCUCUAUGGACUGCAGAAAUAUCAUCCUCAUCCUAAUUUAUUGGCCAUUCUGGGGGAAAUCAGCCAGACAGGUGAGGGUCUUGUGGAGCAGAUUCUGCUUGAUGAACACGGACACACACUGACUCGGGAGCUGAGAGAAAUUCAGAUGAAGCACAAACAACAUCUAAUGGAGAAGACUGAGACUCUAUUGGAGCAUAGACCUCCAGGAACUACCCUGGAACCACAAAGAUUCCUCAUCAAUGAGCGUUAUGUGAACUUGGUUGUAGUCUCCACAGAUCAGUUCAGGAAACGUCCCCAGAAUGAGAUAAUACAGACCGGGGUGAGACAUGAGGAAUGCUUGAAGAAAACACAAUCUGGACUGGAACACAUUUCCCCCAACAGGCUGUUCCACUGGAGCCACCAGUCACAAUGUGCACCACAUGCAGUAAUGGUGAGCGGAGUACCAGGAAUAGGGAAGACCACACUGAUACAGAAGUUUGUCUAUGACUGGGUGACCGGAAAACACUACCAGAGAUUUGCUUUUGUCUUCUCCUUCAGAUUCCGGGACCUUAAUAGACUGGGGGAGGUCAGCUUGGAGGAGAUGAUUCUACAACAAUACCCAUAUCUGAGGAGUCAGAUUGGAGAUAUUUUACAACAUCCAGAGAGACUUCUGUUUAUAUUUAAUGGCUUAGAUGAAAGUGUUCACCAAAUGGAUUUCAGAUUAAUUGAAUUGUGCUCAUAUACAGAUCGUAGAAUACAUUUUGGUGAGAUUGUGGUCAGUUUGGUGAGGCAGAGGCUUCUAAAGGGUUGCUCUGUACUGAUCACCAGCCGCCCAACCAGACUGGCGUCAGUUGAUACUGGUGUCUUCCAGAGAAUAGUGGACAUCAUGGGAUUUCUCCAUGGAGACAGACUGAUCUUCUUUAAUAAUUUCUUUCGAAAUGAGGAAUUGUCAGGAAAGGCUUUUCAUUAUCUGCAGGAGAAUGACACGCUGUACACUUUCUGUUACAUCCCAUCAUACUGCUGGAUCAUCUGUACAGUGUUAUCAAUGUGCUUCAGAGCCCAACCAACAAUCACUGAUCAGAUGAUGACAUCAUUGCCCAAAACAGUGACACAACUCUUUGUGACUUUUGUCUCCAACAUUCUGGCCAAUCACAACCAGAGUAAAGAUGAUGUUCACACUGCCCGGGAACUGCUGACAUUUAUUGGGUGGAUGGCAGAACACGGAGUCAUGAAUCACAUGAUUGUAUUUGAUGAGCGUCAUCUGGACUCAUUCAGUGUGAGAAAUGAUAAACAUCUCUUUUCAUGUUUCAUGAUGGAAUCUGGUCAGCCUCCUGAUGUGGAUUACACCUUCUUACAUCUCACUCUUCAGGAGUUUUUUGCUGCUUUAGUCCAUUUCAUGAACUAUAAUUCUGACAGAUUACAGAAAACACUUGAUGAUGCUGAAUCUUACAAUGACGGCCGUGCUGAAAUCUUUCUCCGUUUCCUCUGCGGUCUCUCCGACUCUUCUACUAGAUCCAUGUUAAAGUCUCAUGUGGGAGAAUUGUCUCCUCAGGCUGCCAGACAUGUCAUCACCUGGAUCCAGAAGAAAAUGGGGAAAGAACGAGGAGACAAGAGAGAUCUUCUUAAUGUCUUCUAUUAUCUCCAUGAGAGCAGGAAUAAGGCUCUGGUGUCACAAUGUGUUGGAUCAAACAAAGUUGACUUUUCUGGUGUCUCCCUCGGCCCUCUGGACUGCUCUGUGCUGUCUUUUAUCCUUCAAUCCUGCAGAGAGACGGAAGAAAUAGAUCUAAGUUCAUGUAAAAUUCCGAGUGAAGGAUUGAGGAAACUUGUACCUGCUCUUCACAACAUCAAGAGUUUGAGGUAA